AUGGCUUCUUCAAAUCCACAAGUAAACAAUAACGCAGAUUUCAGACUUGAGAAUCUGUUCUCAACACGAGGAAAGACUGCCUUAGUAUCUGGUGGUGGCAGUGGUAUUGGUCUUAUGAUUUCUCAAGCUUUGGCUGUCAAUGGUGCACAUGUGUACAUAUUCUCUCGUACACAAGAAAAACUCGACAGGGUUGUUGAAACCUACAACAAAGGGGAUAUAGAUGGUAAAAUAACAGCACUUCAAGGCGAUGUAUCAAGCAAAGAGAGCAUUCAAAAACUCGUCGAGGAGUACUCAAAACAUGAGAGCAAGCUCGACAUUCUUGUUAACAACGCAGGUAUCGCAGGAGAAACUACUACCUUUGAAGCAAAGACAGCUGAGCAGUUGCGUGAUAAUCUCUUCAAUGGGGACUCAUUUGAGAACUGGGAGUCUGUCUAUCGUACCAACGUCACUUCGGCUUAUUUCUUGACUGCUGCUUGUUUGCCGCUCUUGAACAAAUCUACUGAGACUAUAAAAGGCUGGUCUGCAACUGUUCUGAACAUCAUCUCAAUUUCAGGCUCAAUAAAAAUAUCACAACACCAUCCAGCUUACAAUAGCUCAAAGGCAGCUUUCGGGUAUCUCAACAAGGUGCUCGCAAAUGAAUUCGCUUUGAACGGUUUCAAGAUUCGCGUCAACGGUAUCUCACCUGGCGUUUUCCAUUCUGAAAUGACCGCGGGUGAUUCUUCCGCUAACCAAAAAUCAAAGGUUGAGAAUGAAAAGUACAAAAAGCUUCCAAGUGGCCGCGUAGGCGCUGAUAAAGACAUGGCUCAAGCCGUAUUGUUUGCCAUUCUCGACCAGUACCUUAAUGGUCAGUCCAUCAUUGUCGAUGGAGGAUAUCAGAUCACAAAUGGCGGCCAGUAA